AUGAUCACAUCAUCAAGCAAGCUGUGUGUAAAAAGUCGUCCCUACACAUUUUGUCACUUUGAAGUUGUAUUCUUCUUCAGCGUUCUCCAUUAUUUAUCUACGUGAUCUCAUGUCGUACGAUUUAUUUAAGUAUCCAAACUAGAGAUGGCGGACCAGCUACAGCAGUGGCUGUUUUCGUCCGAUCCUUUGGGGGAUCUGGAUCCAAGUUUACACUCUCCAGGAGGCAGUGAUGUUUUACUGGAUGAUAUUGAUGAUGUUAUUAAGUAUGAAUGUCCAGAUGACUCGCUCCUUUUGGACAGCACCCUGGGAACUUCUUCCAUCAAUGAUUCCGGCUUCCUGUCUCCUGACUCGCAUUUUGAUAUGCUACUGUCAUCUCAAGCAUCAAGACUGCAAGAUCAUGACACACAGCAGCAACAGCAGCAGCAGCAGCAACAGCAGCAGCAACAACUAAGUCCUGUGCAAAUAAUUUCAAGUCCGAUUGUCCAGCCUAAGACAAAUCAAAAUCAGCUUCAAGGGCAAAACGUUGAGAAUCAGCAGCUUCAGAACCAACUGCAGCAGCAACAGCAGCAGGCCACUGUGCAGAUACAACAGCUGUUGCAGCAACUACAGAUGCAAGCACAGCGACAGGCACAGUUACAAGAGCAGCAAAAGCAGGAAGCACAAAAACAGCUUCUUCAGCAGCAGUCCUUUCAACUAAAACAGCAACAGUUACAACAGCAACUAUUACAAAAUGCAGUGUCUGUACAGCAGGUGACACCACCCACCCCAACUUCACCAACUGUCCCGAUUACUAUCGCAACAUCGCCUACCCUGAAAACAUGUAAUACGGUCAUUGGAAAAACAUGUGUGGCCACGCCGACUGUGAAGUCUAACCAACAAGUUGUAAUUUCUCCACAAGUUGGGCAACAGACGACAAGCUCCAAGCUAACAGUACAAUCUCCUAUUGCAACUGUUCCUGUAUCCAAACCAGUACAUCCAGUUACCACUACCUACCAACAGGUUGUUGUCCCUACACAAAUUGUCAAAACUGAGCCAACUAAAUGCCUGCCUGUUGUCUCUGUGACGAGCGCCUCCUUGCAAAUAAACAACGGCACAUCAGUCAUAACAAACAUCCCUGUCCUUCUGGACAAUGACAAGUUACCCAUCAGCAGACUCACAUCAAAUAGAACUGAACUUCUUCCGCCCCCUAAAAAGGGUGAAAAGAGAACCGCACACAAUGCUAUUGAGAAGCGAUAUCGUUCAAGCAUUAACAGCAAAAUCCAGGAGUUGAAACAGAUGGUGGUUGGGCAUGAUGCUAAGAUCCAAAAAUCAGGCAUCCUUCAGAAGGCUAUCGAUCACAUCAAAUUCCUUCGGAACACGGUCAACAAGCUCAAACAAGAGAAUAUGGUCUUGAGAGUGCAGUCUGACAAGCCAAACUGUUUGUCGGAUUCAAUUCAAGUCAAGACAGAACCUAUGACACCACCACCAUCCGACACCAGUUCACCCCAUCUCAGCCCAAUGAGUAGCAGCUCCGACAUCGGCAGCCCUGAGCUUUGUGAGGAAGAGGCCAUGGAAUCAAACUUCUCCUACGAUGACGAUGAUGACUUCAAAUCUGAACCCUACAGCCCUAGUGGUCUGCUUGAUCGUACCCGCUUGGGACUCUGUGUUUUCAUGUUUUGUUUCUUGACACUGGAUCCUUUUGGGAUCUUGGUCAACUCCUUUGGCUCAAGUGGCGCUAGCUUUGAGAGACAACAUGGACAUGGGCGUACUAUUCUUGCAGAGGAAGAAACAUUUGAGCAGACGUGGUUGCAGUGGUUGGCUCCAGCAUGCCUAGUGUGGUUCAUUAAUGCAACUAUUGUCAUUGGUUUCUUGGCUGGAGUCUUUGUCUUUGGAGAACCUGUCACUAAAUCUCUCAGUGAAGCAUCAACAACAUUUUGGAGGCAUCGCAAACAAGCCGAUUUGGAUCUUGCAAGAGGAGACUAUGCAGCAGCAGCAAGCCAAUUGCGCACAUGUCUUACUGCCCUGGGACGUCCACUACCAACAUCCAGACUCGAUCUGAUGUCGUCUCUUGUAUGGAACAUCUUGCGCCAUGUGCUAAAUCGUCUUCUGAUUGGUCGCUGGCUGGCAGCCCUUGCAGGAGGUCUGCACAGGAAGCGAGAAGGUGAAAAGUGUCCUGAUGGCCAGUCAUCUGCUCGGGAUGGCGCCCUAGUGUAUCACAAGCUACAUCAGCUUCACAUGAGUGGAUAUUUGACAGACGGAGAGCUAUAUGCCAUUAACAUGGGUCUGUGUGCCAUGAACCUUGCUGAGUGUGCAGGUGAUGCUAUCAGUUCAGCUACAUUGACUGAGAUCUAUGUCACCCAGGCACUGUGCUUCAAAAUCAGUCUGUCUAGCAGGCUUCAAGUAUUCUCGAGAUACUUUCUGAGUCGUGCACGUCACGUUGGAGCAGGCGGUUCUGAUUUACCAUCUCUGCAAUGGUUGUUUCAUCCAAUGGGGUAUCGAUUCUUCCUCUAUGGAUCAUGGACCUGCAAAUCCAUGGAAAGUCUUUACAGUGUCGCUGGAAAUCCAACUGACCCACUUUCCUUUGUUAGCCAAGCCUACAGAGAACAUCUCUUUGAGAAAGCAGUUUACUCAUUGGAAUCACCAGAUUCAAAGGCUCCAUCAACUAACUCAAAAGUUGAAAGAGACCCACAGUGUUCUGAGACAUUACAAUAUCUACAGCGUCUUAGUGAAUGUGCUGAUGUUGCUAGUGCUCCAAGGCAGGCAUUUGCCAUUGGAUCGAACAUGUCUGCAGUUUCAGGUGCCGACCCAGUUUCUAAGUGGUGGUGUAACAUUGUCUUUGUUGCUGUUCAUUGGCUUAUGGGAGAUGAGGCAGCAGCGGAGAGACUCUACUCAGCAGUGGAAUGUCUGCCUCAGCACCUCCAGAGCACCGAGGAUGCUUUACCAAAGGCAGCACAGCUUGCCUUUAAGGCCAGAAAGAUCUUUCUUAGUCCAUCCAUCAAUCACAAGGAACAGAUGCUUGAUGAGUGUUUGUACAUGGCCAACAAGUCCAGCACACACCUGAGAAGCAGUCUCAACUACUCUGGACAACAGGGACAUGAAAAAAUAACACAGGCUAUGCAGGUUCUUGUUUGUGAUUGGCUUCUAUCUACCCGCACUGCUGUUUGGCAGAACCAACAAGGUUGUGCCAAUAACGCCACCCAAGUCAUCUCGCCAUCUGAGCUGUCAUCAUUCCAGCAGGACCUCUCAUGCAUCCGUAAGCUAUCCACAUCCUUCAAGGCAGCAAUGCCAAGGGUGUAUCUAUACCAGGCAACAGCAAGACUGAUGGCAGGAGCACAUCCAGCUAAGACACAGCAACUACUCGACAGGAGUUUGCGGCGGAGGGUCACCAAUGCUUACUCAAGCAUGAAAGACGAAGAUGAGGUAGUUGUGAGUGAUCGUGAUAGAGCUUCAGCACUCCUAAUGGCUUGUAGGCAUCUUCCAUUCCCAUUACUGUCAUCACCAGGACAGAGGGAAUGUAUGCUGGCAGAAGCAGCAAGAUCAUUAGAGAAGAUUGGUGACCAUAGGGGAUUGCAGGACUGCCAACAGAUGCUAAGAAGUCUUCAGAAUGGUGGCACUAACUGCCAGGCUGCAUCCAUAGCCUGCUGCUGAUUGCAAUACAUGUAUACUCAAAACUAUGUUUAAAGGCACUGGACACCUUUGGUAAUUGUCAAAGACCAUUCUUCUCACUUGGUGUAUCUCAAGGUAAAAA